UUUUAUGUUUUAAAAUGUUAUUUCAUAGCUUCAACAUGGGAAAAUGGAAGCAUUUAUGCGCCUUACGAUGAAGCUUUAACGCUAAAGAAUAAGUCACUAGAGGUUGAGCCAUAUUUAAAUGGACACAGUAUAUAUCUUAUUGGAUUGACGGGCUCUGGAAAAACUACUGUGGGAAAAAUUUUGUCUCAUGUGCUCGGUUAUUCGUUUUAUGACAGUGACGUAUUAAUAGAGCAGGAGAUGAAUGGAAUGUCUGUAACUGAAAUAUUUAAGCAUCAUGGGGAGAGUUUCUUCAGAAAAAAGGAGACUGAGGUAUUGCAGAGGCUCUCUUCAAAGAAACAACUUGUUGUUUCUACUGGUGGAGGUGCAGUUGUACAGGAUGAGAACUGGGAUUUUAUGCAGAAGAAGGGGAUUAUUGUCUGGUUAGAUGUACCUUUGGAAACCUUGGCACGGAGGAUUGCUGCAGUAGGUACCCAUUCUCGUCCACUUUUGCAUUAUGAACAUGGUGAUCCAUAUACAAAGGCUUUGAAACGUCUGUCUUACCUUUUGGAACAGAGGGGUAAAAAUUAUGCUAAAGCAAAUGCCCGGGUUUCCUUGGAAGAAAUCGCAGGCAAACUAGGUUGUAGAGAUGCAUCUGAUCUUACUCCAAUAGAGAUUGCAAUCGAGGAAUUGGAACAAAUUGAAGAGUAUCUAAAGGAGGAAGGUGGCAUGGCCACCGCAGGAUUUUAAUUUUGAACACUCAAUAAAUAUGGUGAUUGAAUUCCGUUUUAUUUGUAGCAUAACAUGCCCGAUU